AUGAAGAUUACGACAGAUAUUGUUCGUCAGGCGGUAUUUGGAACGAUUCGUCGCCCUCUGGUGAGACAGAUUCAUGUUGAUAGUCUGGACCCACUAGAAACGGAAUUGGAACUGGAGCACGUGCCCAACAACCUGAGGACGAAAUCCUCCAAGAACGUGGACACGGCCCAGACUGCAGCCAAAGACACAGCGAAGGCUCUCAGAGACUUGGAAUCAGACAGGAUUCGGAGAAAAGUGUCAAAUAUAGCAAACAGGAAAAUUCCCGGACCACCGAGUAUUCCACUCCUUGGAGCACUGUGGCAGUAUUUACCUGGAGGCAGAUACUAUGGAAUCGAUCUGAACGAAGCCAUAAAAAGUAACCAUGCGCGGUAUGGUGACAUCAUCAAAGAAGAAAUAGUCCCUGGUUUCACCCUUGUCCGAAUGUUUAACCCCAGCAUGUUUUCAGACGUGUACAAGGCAGAAGGCGACAACCCAGAAAGAGCACUAUUUUCACUUCUCAAACGAUAUAAUGACGUCAGGAAUGACGGAGUCCAGGGACUACUUACAAGUCAAGGAGAAUCAUGGCGGCGUCUGAGAAGAGAGGUCCAGCAGCGCCUCCUGCCGCCCAAAACCGUGGAGCUGUAUCUCGACGAGCAGGGGGAAGUGGCGGACGACUUCGUACAGAGAAUCACGGAAGUUAGGGACCAGGAGGGGCGGGUUCACGACUUCCUGCCAGAGAUCUACAAAUAUGCAAGUGAAGCUGUAGGUACUGUGUGCUUCAACCAGAGGCUGGGUCUGUUCGGGAAGAACGCGGACCAGCACAACGACUUCCAGCAGGCGGUCCACACCUGCCUCGAGCUCACCCAGAAGGAGCUGUCCAUGAUUCCCCUCUUCAAGGUCAUGGACACGUCCCUCUUCAGAAGAUUCGCCGAGGCGCAAGACACUAUCCGGAGGGAAGCUCUGAGCAGCAUGGACAAAGCCAUGAAAGAGAUUCCAGGUGCAGACGCCGACAAAGAAAGUAUGAAUCUAAUCCAUUACCUGAUCACAGCGUCCAAACUGACCUUCCAGGAAAUAUUCACCUUCAUCAGCGAGCUGUUUUCAGCAGGUGUUGACACGACUGGGAAUUUCAUGGCCUUUAGUCUCCAUGCUCUAGCAAAACACCAGAAUGUUCAAAAAGAACUGCAGAGAGAAAUAGCGGACGUUACGUCCGGUCGCUCGACUAUCACGGCAGAGAUGUUGAGGGAGAUGUCGUACCUCAGAGGGUUUUUAAAAGAGACGCUCAGAAUGUAUCCUGUGGCACCAGGUUUAGGCAGAACUUUAGCCAAGGAUACUUCAUUUCAAGGAUAUUCCAUUCCAGCUGGGACCAAUGUGGUGCUGCAGUGCGACAUGACUGGCCGCGACCCGCGGUUCGUGAAUGAGCCGCACGUGCUGAAGCCGGAGCGCUGGAUGCGGGAGAACGGGAAGGAGCCGAUCUCGCCGUACCUGACCAUUCCGUUCGGGCACGGGCCGAGAUCGUGCCCCGGCAGGCGACUCGCGCUGCAGGAGGUUUCACUCGGCAUCAUAAAGAUACUCCAGCAAUACAGCCUAGGUAAGAAGGAUCGUGACUUGUCAAUCAGCAUGAAGCUUCUCAACACGCCGUCAGAACCGCUGUCUUUCGAAUUCAUCCGGAGACGAGACUAG